AUGAAACUUGUCCAUUUUCUUAUGAAACUUUCUCAUGAAACAGUUAUUAUUGAAUUAAAAAAUGGUAAUCAAGUACAAGGGACUGUUGUUGGAGUUGAUAUCGCAAUGAAUAUCCAUUUAAGACAAGUUAAAAUGACUUUAAAAUCUGGUGAUAAUCUUUCAAUGGAAUCUAUUACUGUUAGAGGAAAUAAUUUACGUUAUGUUAUCCUACCUGAUCAACUACCACUUAAUUCAAUGUUAGUGGAUGAUGCUAUUAAAGGUACAAAAGCUUCAAAAUCGUCAACUCGGGGAAGAGGUGCUUCUAGGGGUGGUCGUAGUUUACGUUCUAGGGGUCGUGGUGCUCCAGUACGUAGAUAA